AUGAUCGGAAAACAGCGCAUAUGGCAGACCAGUGUGUUGGGUCUACUCUUGGCCAGCUUCAGUCUGUUCUCGGUGCUCUAUAUGGAGCAGAUCGAACGCCGGAUUUUCGAGUGGUUCAUGGUGCUGCGGCCAGGAACAAUGAUCAGCAGCCUGUGGCAGUCACCGGCCAUGGACAUAAACGUGGAUCUGUACAUAUUCAACUGGACGAACUCGGAGAAGUUCAGUGAUCCCAGAGUGAAGCCCCGGUUCGAGGAGCUCGGUCCCUAUCGCUUCACCGAGCGGAUGCAGAAGGUCAAUGUGGAGUGGCACGAUGAGAACUCCACGGUGUCCUAUCGGCGUCGCAGUCGCUUCGAUUUCGAUCCGAAACUCAGUGCCGGACGUCCCUCAGAUCCCAUUGUGGCGCCCAACCUGCUCAUUGUGGGCCUGUACCAGAAGAUGGUCAUGUGGAGUCCCAUGCUGCGUUCCCUCAUGCUCUUGGCCCUGAAUAUCUACGGCAAGGAGCAGGCCAUGAUUCGGCCAGCCAGCGAUUGGAUGUUCGACGGCUUCGACACGCCGAUGAUCAAGAUGAGCAAAAUGGUGCCACCAAGUCUCGUGCCGGAGAUGAUGUUUCCCUAUGAGAAGAUCGGCUAUGCGUAUCCACGCAAUGGCAGCAUGGAAAUCUACGGCCAUCACAAUGUCUACACGGGACGGGAUGAGUUCCAAAAACUGGGUCAAAUUGCCAGGUGGCGAUACAACAAUGUCACCGAGGCCAGUCCCAGGUGCAAGUUGAAGGGCAGUGCCGGGGAGUUCCACCCCAUACCGCUGGUGAAGGGCAGACCCAUCUCCUACUUCCUGCCGGAUCUGUGCCGCGAGCUGCAGGUGGACUACUCCGGCACCACAAUCUUCGAGGGCAUCGAAGCUUUCGUUUACAGAGGCAGUGCGCGCAACAUGGCAAAUGGUACUGAUAACCCGGAUAACAGUUGCUAUUGCCAGGAUAACUGCCAGGAGGUGAGAUCCGGUCUUCUCAACAUAUCCUCCUGUUGGUAUGGAGCGCCUGUCUUUGCUUCCUAUCCGCACUUCUAUAAGGCCGAUCCCUACUACGGAGAGCAGGUGGAGGGCAUGAAGCCCGACAAGGAUCGACACGAGAUGGUCAUUAUGUUGGAGCCCAAGACCGGAAUGGUGCUGGAGAUCAAGGCGCGUAUUAUGGCCAACUUGCUGGUGGAGCCCAAAACUCAUUUAAUUUACCGCACGGCGAGAAGAACAUUCUUCCCGUUGAUCUGGGCGGAUUACAAUGUCCGCAUCACGGAUGAUCUUCUGGGCUACGUGAAGCUAAUGUCGAUCCUUGAGUUUGUGGGCAAGAUCUGUGGCAUCCUGGGCGUGGUCUUGGGUGUGCUGAUGGUAUUCUGGUAUCCCCACCAAAUGAUCUGGCAGAAGAGCCUGAUGCACAAGAUCGAGAUUAGUUCCAUCGAGACGAAUAGGUCGUUGGAGCCCGUGAAGAAUAAUGAUGUGGAGGACUCGCCGCUGCUGAAAGGAUUGAAAUAUACAGGGGCCAAAGAUGGGGCGGGAAAUGGAAAUUAAGAAUUUAAGCUUACUAAGUGCCAUAUGUUUAAGUUUGCAAGGUUUGUCUUGCCUAGUCUACAGUUUAAGCCAAUAAAUGGUAAAUGGUGUUCAAAUGCUGAAA